AUGCUGUUCACACGGUCAGACCAGAUAUUACACAAAAUGAACCAAUCAGGUACCAGCGACAACCUUCUGGGGUCUGACGGGGGUGCUCCUCCGCAGUUCCGUCUCCCAGACUCAGACCCAGGGGGUGCUGCCCCCCCGGAGAGGGCCGCUGCGGGCUCCAGGUGGGGGUUCGUGGGGCCCGCUGCAGAGGAGGAGAUCACGGGGGACCCGUGUAGCUCUCCGGAGAGCUGCAGUGAGGAAGACGGUCUCCCGGUCCCAGGGGAGAAGGAGAAGUUCCCGCAGCUGAUGGAGGUGGACGACCGGCCGCCCGAGGAGAGGGCACGGCUGAGGGAGCAGUGGCAGAAGCAGAGGACGUCCUCGAUCUUGUCUGUCCUGACCAUGGGCUGCCUGCGGACCGAGAAGCCCCCCAUGGACUCUAACAACCAGGAGGAGCUGGCGCCCGACAGCCCCGUGUGCCGCUUCAGGCUGGAGCCAAUCCCUGCCAAUGACGAAGAAAGGUUUGACAUCGACAAACUGUUUGAAAUUGUAGCGAGCGGUGAUGUUGAGAGGCUGCAUGGACUGAAGGACUACUUGCAUAAGACCAUGAAACCACUCUCUCACUCACUGUAUCAGUCCCAUGGGAAGACAACCCUGAUGAAGGCUCUGCUGAACGUGAGCAGUGGCGAGAAUGAGAUAGUGGACUGCCUGUUGAACAUUGCAGAGGACAUGGGAGACAUCAAGAAGCUGAUAAAUUUGUCCUACACAAGCUCCUACUAUAAAGGUCAAACGGCUCUCCACAUUGCCAUCGAGAGAAGGAACACGUAUUAUGUGAAGAAGCUGGUGGAGAAGGGAGCAGACCUCUACGCCAAAGCCUGCGGGAAACUGUUCCAGCCUGACAGCUCUGAGCCCAGCUUCUACUUUGGGGAGCUGCCUCUGUCCCUGGCUGCCUGCACCAACCAACCUGAGCUGGUGGACUUCCUUCUUGGCGCGUCGGCCAGCGUCGUGGAGCAGGACUCCCAUGGCAACACGGUGCUGCACGCCCUGGUGAUGGUGGCGGAUGACGACAGCCAUCACAACACCAGGUUCAUCACGGCCAUGUAUGACCACAUCCUGCUCGCCACCGCCAAGGUCAACACGGACUGGAGGUUGGAGUCCAUACAGAACAAGGAGGGGCUGACCCCCCUGAAGCUGGCCGCCAAGACGGGCAAGGUGGAGCUGUUCAAGCACCUCCUCCAAAGGGAGUUCAAGAACAAGGACACAAAGCACCUGUCCCGCAAGUUCACAGAGUGGGCGUAUGGACCCAUCAGCUGCUCCCUGUACGAUCUGGACUCCCUGGACACCUACGAUGACGACAGGUCCAUCCUGGAACUGGUGGUCUAUGGCAGCGACAACCCCAGGCGUCUGGACCUGCUGCAGGUGGAGCCUCUGUGUGGCCUGCUGAACGAGAAGUGGAACCAAUUCGCCGGCCGUCUCUUCCUGCUCCACUUCCUGGUCUACCUGCUCUACCUCGGGGCCUUCACCACCAUCGCCUACAACAAGAAAGACAUGCAUCCAUUCCAAUCAGUGAAGACCGCCAGAGGAUACAUGUACAUUGUCGUUCGUCUGAUUACAGUCAUAGCAUCUAUUUACUUCUUCCUCCGAGGGAUCGUGGACUUGAUGAGAAAGCGCCCAAAACUAAACACAUUCCUGAUAGAUGGCUACUAUGAUGUCUUGUUCUCCACUCAGGGCUUGCUGUUCCUGGUGUCUGCGGCUCUGUACCUGGUCAGCCGCUCAGAGUAUCUGGGCUUCAUGAUCCUCAGCAUGGUGUUGGGCUGGGUCAACCUUCUCUACUUCACCAGGGGCCUAGAACGCAUAGGCGUCUACAGCGUGAUGAUACAGAAGGUCCUCACUGGUGACAUCAUCCCCUUCUUCCUCAUCUACGUCGUCUUCCUCUCUGGCUUCUCCGCAGCCAUAGUCACCAUGCUCACAGACCAGCCCCAGUGGAUGGGGGAGGAGUCGGAGCCUCCGUCCUGCACUGUGGAGGCGGACUGCAAGGGGCCGGACUUCAGGGACAUCACCUACACCGCCCUGGAGCUCUUCAAGCUCACCAUCGGGAUGGGAGACCUUAGUUUCAGCAAGGGCUAUAAGUACGAGGAGUUGCUGUACCUGUUGCUGAUUGGCUACAUUGUGCUCACCUACGUCCUGCUCUUCAACAUGCUCAUCGCCCUGAUGAGUCACACGGUGGAGGAGACCGCCAAGGAGAGCACCCGCAUCUGGAAGCUACAGAGAGCCAUCACCACGCUGGACCUGGAGUGGGGCCUCCCUCGGUGUGUGAGGAGCAGGCUACGGUCCGGGGUGGAGAAGGACCUGUCUGGGGGCGGCAUGGCCAACGAACAGGGCCGGCGCUGGUGCUUCAGAGUGGAGGAGGUGGACUGGAGCGAAUGGAGGGUCAAUCUUGGGAACAUUAGGGAGGAGCCCAUGUCUACACCGAAAACACCAACAGCACCACCAGCUCCCAUGGACAAAAGCAGAAGAAUCCGAAAUGUCCUGUGGCUGUUCCGUCAGAGAUCAUCAAAAGAACAACAGCUGGAGAAUGAAGCAUAACAAGAAUGCCUGGUCGCUGGGGUUG